AUGGACAGCUCUCUAAUAUCUAUGCUACAAAGAAGAGUCGAUAAAGCAAUCAUCGAUGUUAUCUUUGAAAUCCCGCACGCAGCUUAUUAUUUAUUUGACGAGCCUGAAAAAGUGUGAAAGAAAGGCGAUAUCGAAGGCCCAUUGCUGCUUGUCAAACGUAGCCAAGAACCGUAUUUCUAUAUAACCAUCUUAAAUAAGCAGACUCUUUCGAAUUUCCACCAGCCGGUAUCUAUGGAGGCACAAUUUGACAAAAAAAUGCCACAGUUGCUGUAUAUUCGUGAUAGGAAUAAGGGAGUCUAUGGAAUUUGGUCUCCUUCUGCUGAACUACUUGACCAACUUUUGAAUAAGCUGGGGGAAAUACAACAUAUAGACUCACAAUCGCGCAUGCUGAAAAGUUUGCUUGAUAUUGGAGGAGAAAGUCAGCUCAUUGUAAAUUCUAGAUCUCCUGACUCAAUUUCAGAACCAAAACAGCAAGAAUUUAGAGAAUCAAAGCAGCAAGAAUAUAGAGAGACGAAACAGCAAGAGUAUAGAGAAGCAAAACAACAAGAAUACAGAGAGCAAAAACAGCCAGAAUACAGAGAACAAAAGCAGCCAGAAUACAGAGAACAAAAGCAGCCAGAAUUUAGAGAAUCUAAGCAACAAGAGUUUAAACCUGCAAAUAUUAUGAAGCAGUCUGAAGAAAAUAUUUUAAAGCCUGAGUUCUUUCAAAAAGGAAUACAAUUUGAAGAUGAGGAAACUUCAAGUCUAGGAAGAGAGAAGCUAAAAGAAGCGAUUGUAGCCUUGGCUAAUUCUGAUGAGUUUUUAGAUCUAGUUUUGCAAGCACUAAGAUCAAAGGGAUUUAAUUAA